GGUCCCCGGGGGCGCGCGCCCCGCCCCACCCCGCGCCCGCGCCCGCGCCCGGGUUCCCACGGCGUCCGCCCCCGCGCGCCCGGCGCCUCCCGCCCGCCCUCGUCGCCGCCCAGCCCGCCCAGGCCUCUCGCGAACAUGGCGCUUGUCCCCUGCCAGGUGCUGCGGGUGGCAAUCCUGCUCUCCUACUGCUCUAUCCUGUGCAACUACAAGGCCAUCGAAAUGCCCUCGCACCAGACCUACGGAGGGAGCUGGAAAUUCCUGACGUUCAUUGAUCUGUAUCCAGAAGAUAGAUGGCUGUCACCAGGACCGUCUUCCCAUUUGAUUGAACAACAGUGUUGGAGUUGUCUUGACAGAAAGCCUUAUUGGGUUGAUUGGCUUGUCAAUGAAGAUUGGCUUUGUCAAUUAUGUUAUGUAGCAGACAUUUUCCAUCUAUUGAAUGAGCUAAAUCUGCAGCCCUGAGGUUCUCAUACAUAUGUAUAUGAAGCAAGCAUUAUCACCCACAGAGUGCCAGAAAGCAUGUCCCUUUUUCAAGUGUUUACACUUAACUAUGUUAAGGAUGUUGGGAUGUAAUUUAAAAAUGUGUGCAUAGAUUUUCAGAAUUCUUUGAGGGGCUGUGUGAACAAAACUCCUUUUGGGACACUGCCUUAUCCCAUUUCUAAGUCAGAUCUUACUUAGAGCUGACCCAUUUGAAUGUUGCUAAGAAGCAAUACUGGGCCAAAAUACAAACUACAGAGAUGCUAUCAGAGCCAUAGGUACUAGAAACAGCCCUUAGCAUCACUCUUGCAGUAGACGCUGUGUUGUGGGAGCAAGGGCAGGGGUCAGCAGGUGAAUAGAGGUCGAAAUUGAGGGUGUUGGUUAACCUGAGAGAUGCCGGCUUCUCAUAAUUGGUAUUUCUUACUGUGCAUUAAAAAACAAGGCUCAGAAGAAACCUCUCAUAAUCUUUGUGUGACAUCAAACCAUAAUAGCGUCGUCAGCUUGAUAUGCUGCCAUACAAUUUAUCUUUUAGCAUUCAAUGAUUGGACUUGCCUGUUUUAAAUACCAAUCACCAUAAAGGACUUUUUUCUAUCCCAGAAGUCAGGCAGUAGAUUCAAAUGUGAAACAUUUACUUUGCUUCAUAUUUAGUUUCGGAUUGCACAGGACCUUUAGCCAGCCAUUUUAAUGUUUUGCUCUUUGGCUCCUGAUUGAAAUAUAAUAAAUAUAUUUAACCAAGAGUUCCUGUGAGAAAGUAUGUCUAACAUAUUUUCAUAAAAACAUUCAUGCAAAGUGUUAUUCUUAUUGUUUGAGAUUUAGAAUCUUUAGAGCUUAAGCACUGUACAGCUGUUAAAACAACCGUCCUGUCAAUCCUCAGUAAUGGCGUGAAAAGAUUAGGCUACUAUAAUUUAGCCAUUUUACUUUUCACUUUUAAUGUUAAAAAGACCGUAAACUUUAUUACCCAGUGCCUUGUACAAUAUUAAUGGGUCUAAGUUUAUUGGAACAAUUUUGCAAGAGGGUUUAGCUUUUUAAAAAUUUAAUGAGAAGGCCUUUUUUCUUGCCAACUUGGAAUGCAGGAGUCAUUUAUCCUGAUGGCCACAGUUGGAUUCCAUGUUCCAUGGCAUCAGUUUACCAGGAUGUGAGUCAGGAAUCUCAGGCUACAUGUAUCCAGGAGCAGAUGGUUAUGUGGCAGUGGCCAUUCUGGCUGUAUUCAUAUCUCUCUUUGGGUAUGAGGAACAUUCCAACGGAUUCAGAGCUCAUGUUCAAAAACUGAAAUGCACAUUGUUGCUACCAGUAAUCUUAUACUAUUAUUUUCCGAUGGUUUCUUUUACUAGUAUUGAGAAACUGUAAGAGAACUAAGGUGCUUUUGGAAAUUUGAAGUUAGUAAAUGGAAAAAGAACACUAUCUUGGUGUAGUAGGUAGAAUAAUGGGCCUCCAAAGAUGUUUACAUCUUCAUGCCAGGAACCCAUGAAUACAUUAGGUUACAUGGCAAAGAGAAUUAAGGUUGCAGAUGGAAUUAAGGUUGCAAAUCAACUGACCUUAUAGUAGGAAAAUUAUCCUGGGUUAUCCCAUUGGGCCCACUAUAAUUACAAGGGACCUUAAAAGGAAUAGAGAAACAGAAGACAAGAGACCAUUGGAGGAAGACGUGACUGGAAGAAAGUCACAGAGAGAUGCAACAACGCUGGCCUUGAAGAUGGAGGAUGAAGCCGGGAGCCAAGGGGUGUGAAAGGUGUCUAGAAGCUGGAAAGGACAAGAAAUGGCUUUCCUCUUGAGUUUUCCGGAACACAUACCUGCUGACAGCUUGAUUUUAGCCUAGUUUGGACUUCUGAUCUUCAAAAUCGUAAAAUAAUAAAUUUGUGUCCUUUAAGCCAUUUGAUUGAUAGUAAUUGGUUACCACAGUAAUGGAAGACUAGUAUACUUGGCUUUAAAGCCCCUGACGUAGAAAAAAACUUAACUGUUUUUGUACUUACAUGAAAUAAAUGCAGUGACUCAGCUAGUCCUUUAUGUAUAGUAGAAAACUGGUUAAUUUUAGCUUUAACAACACAGGUUUUUUCCUACUUCAUCCAUGAAAUUAUGUGGAGGAGACAUACAUACGUUUAACAGUGGGCAAUAUGAGAAUCUAUGAAGACUGGACAACAUUGGAAAAACUAGGUCUUACUGUGAAGUAUUUCAGAGACUAUCAUUAUGUAGCAUGUCAGGCCAGGAAAAGGAAUAUACUUAACUGGAAAUAAACUGGAAAGAAAGAAAAUUUAAACUAGCUAUUGCUAAAUAUUAACAUUUUUUUAGUCAAUGUCACAGCUGAUGAAUUUUCUUCAAGUGAUGUGGAUUCAUUGAUUCAUUCACUAGCAAAAUGAUUAUGCUUCAUGUUACAUGAUAAUUGCCCCCAAAGAUAAUAAAGAAGAAUCAGGAUAAAACCACCAUAAAUAAAUGAAAAGAAAAAGGCAAAUGUAUUUUAAGGUCUUAGUGGUUGGGGUAUAAUAGGUGGUUAGUAAAUGUUUAAAUAAAUAGAAGCUUUCUCUUCCCAAAUUUUCAUUGAGUAUUCUUUUCUUGCCCUGUCUCCUCCCAAAACGUUCAAAACAAUAGGAAUUUAAAAAUGUAUCAACCAGAACAUUAUUCAGUUGUGUGUGGUAGAGUGUCUAACAGAUGAGUCAGAAUCAAAUUCUUUGAAAACCAUGAACUGCAUUUUUUAGAAGAGAUAAAAUAUUGAUGACGGAUUUAAGGCAUCUUAGUUUUUAAAGAUUGAAACAGAUCUGGCAGUUGAGUUGACUCUAGUUUGUAGUAUUGGCCAUUUUGAGUCAUCAUCUCUUAGGACCAUAUCAGACCCAUUAUUUCUCCUGGACUGGCUUUUCAUUCAUGUCAUGGCAGAAUAAUGUUCAGGCCCUGCCUACUCAGAGUGGGCGGACGAUGAACAGGAUCAGCUUUGCUGGGAGCCUGUUAAAAAUGUGGCAUUUCCACCUCCACCCCAGAGCUCUGAAUCAAGAGUCUGCAUUUUAAUAAGAUCAUCAGGUGAUUUCUAUGCACAUUCAAAGUUGAUAAAUGCUGCUCUAAGCCACAUUGUUUUUGUUUUUUAAUUUACGUGGAUUAAGUAUAGGAGUCUGUAGAGCAGUCUUAAUAUACUAAUUCUGCCUAUUUUCUUUGUUGUUUUUGUUUUGUUUUGUUUUGAGACAGAGUUUCACUCUGGAGUGCAGUGGCAUGAUCUUGGCUCACUUCAACCUCUGCCUCCCAGGUUCAAGAAAUUCUCCUGCCUCAGCCUCCCAAGUAGCUGGGAUUACAGGGGCCUGCCACCACACCUGGCUAAUUUUUGUAUUUUUACUAGAGACAGGGUUUUACUAUGUUGGCUAGGCUGGUCUCAAACUCCUGAUCUCAACCUCCCAAAGUGUUGGGAUUACGGGAGUGAGCCACUAUACCUGGCCUGAAUUCUGCCUAUUUUCAAAACAUAUUGCAGACUGGCUUUCACUGUGAUAUAACAAAAAAAAUAAAAUAAAAUAAAAAAUUAUAAUUAGAAAAUAAAGAGAAAGACAAUGUUUCAGGUACCAGAGAUGGGUUAGUUACUGCUAUUGAGAAACAAAUUUGAAUACUCUUCAGGGCAACUAAGGUGAAAAACAAUACACAUUUGAUUACAUUGCCCCUAUAUUGGAAUAAAGGAAGUAUAACAGUUUAUCGGGAAAAAUACAGUUCUUGCCAGGCACUGACUUUUCAAGGUAAUUUAUCACUCAGAAAUUUAUUUAAAGAACAUUAAGGGUAGGUAUGGUGGCUCACACCUUUAAUCCUAGCCACAUGGUGGGAGACCAUGGCAAGAGGCUUGCUUAAGCCCAGGAGUUUGAGACCAGCCUGGGCAACAUAGCAAGACUCCCACUACAAAAAAUUAGUUGAGGGUGGUGGCAUGUGCCUAUAGUCCCAGCUGUGUCGGGGGGCUGUGGCAGGAGGAUGACUUGAGCCCAGGAGUUUGAGUUUUCAGUGAGAUAUGAUGGUGCCUCUGCACUCCAGCAUAAGUGGCAGAAUCAGAUCCUAUCGGUAAAUAAAUAUAAAAAAGAACCUUUAUUAGCAUAGUGGAUAAUGCCUUUUGUUGAUUUUUAGCAUAAUAUAACGAAAUAUUCUUAUGGUUAAUGUUUCUUAUUUGAUGGUUUUAUGAAGGCCAAAGGCAUGGUCUUAUAUUUUGGCUAGAGUGAAAGCAUUUUUGUACAAGUUUAAGGUAAUAUAAUCUAGGUACUUUGUUUGUUAUCUAAAUCUGUAUUGCAAAAGAAUUUCAGAAAACCACAGAGAGAGCAGGAUAAAUAAAGUCUUAGAUGUGAAAAAGCUUGGGGUGCUCAAAUAACAGGAAAUUAUCAAGUGUACCUGGAGGAUACUAUUUUUGCUUUUAGACAUGCUGAGAAUCUUUGACAUUUAAAAAAUGUUAAAGAGGGAAAACAAGCUGCCUAAGUAUACCACAUUUUGAAUUCGAAUUAGUCUUAUAUUUAUUUACAUGCUUAUCAUAAAAUAUAUUCUUGACUCUAUUUCAUGACUUAGUUUUAACUAGGAAAUAAAAUAUUUUGAGAAGAGAUUCUGCAUGUUAUUAUAUAACUGUGGUACUUAGUUUUGCCAGUCAAAACCACACAGUGCCACAUGAAGGUCAGUAGUUUAUUGAGUAAUCAGGGAACAAAAUUAGGUGGGCUUUUUCUGUGUUUUGUUUCCUUGGAGUUUUGGAUAUUAUACAGAGAAUGUGAAAUUGCUAAUUUUUUCUUCAGGAGACUCAGACUUGACCCUAAAGUAUGCACAUAAACUUGAAGGAUCAAAUAAUAUUUUUUUCCUAACCUGGAGAGAGAAUUGUGAGAAUAAUGCUUUGCAUAGACUCUUCUUCACCUUCUUUGCAUGUUUUUUUUGGAUCAGGCAUAAAAUAGGAGCCUGGUUUUGUUAGAGUGGGGGAAAUAGUUGAUGAUAUAGUCACCCAUUCCCUCUUAGUUGCAAAUGGUAUUGAAAUUACAGAAAGUCAUCUGACCAUAGUUGAGGUCACUUCUUUUCCCAUUCCUGCCAUUCCCCCAUGUCUGGUGUAACAUUUAGCAAAAUUGUUAACUGCUCUUGAGGGUUUUCAUUUGUUUCUCUGUGUUCCUCUGAAAUGUCACAUGUUUCUGUGGAAGCGUGAACAAUAGUACAAUUUUCCACAUUGAAUCAGAUGUUCAUGUGAUCCAAGCAUGCUUGGAAAAAUCUUACUGCUUAGGAUUCCAUACAACAUAGCUUUCUUAUGCAGUCUGUAGCUAGACAGUUAAAGGGCCCGUGUCUCACCUGUAGGUAGUCCUUCUGAGUGCAGUGAUACCAGAGCUUCUCUUUGAAAGUGAGACACCCCUUGAUCAGAUUCAUUGUGGAAUUGAACAAGAUAUGAGAUCGAAGCAUGGAAUUCUGAAAAGUCAGACAAUGCACUAGCCCAUUCACACUGACUUAUAUUUAGGUCUGUCGGGGUUUUGAAAUUAAUUUUUUUUAUUAAUUUCAAAAGUGACACAUACUUAUUGUAGAAAAUCUGUACAACUACAGGCAACAAUAGAAAUACAGGGAAGAAAAUAGAGUCCGUCUUAAUUCUCCCUAAUUUUCCUUGCAUCUUAGUGUUUCAGUGCUUCAAGAUGGUAUUUAUUUGGGAACUUUAUGUACAUACAGAAACGUAAUAGAAAGUCAGAUUACCGUGUAUAUGUGUAUGUGUGUUUGUACAUAUGUAGUCAGAUAUUAAAAAAUCAUAUUCUUUAAAACUUAUUUUCAAAUUACAGAUAUCAUUCAGAGAUACCAGUAUUAGUAUUUUGGUAUUUUUCUUUUCAGUCAUAUAUAUACUUCUGUUAAAAAAAAAAUUCAACAUAAACAUGGUUUUUAUAAAUUUUUUAUCCAUGUAUCCAUGUACACUAAAAUUUAUUCCUUUUUUUUUUUUUGAGAUGGAGUCUCAUUCUGUUGUCCAGGAUGGAGUUCAGUGGCGCUAUCUUGUCUCACUGUAACUUCCACCUCCCAGGUUCAAGUGAUUAUUCUGCCUCAGCCUCCCAAGUAGCUGGGAAUACAGGUGCAUGCCACCACUCCUGGCUAUGUUUUUUUUUUUUUUAAUUUUAAGUACAGAUGGGGUUUUGUCAUUUUGCCCAGGCAGGACUCGAAUUCCUGGGCUCAAAGGAUUCACCCGCCUUGGUAUCCCAAGGUAUUGAGAUUGCAGGCAUGAGCCACCAUGCCCGGCCAAUUUUUUCUUUUUGGUAUACUGUUCUGUAAGUUUUGAUAGAUGCAUAGAAUGGUGUAAAUACCACCACAGUCACCUAAAAGCAUUCCUUUGUCUUCCCUAUUUAUGCUAGAACCCUCCCCUGAAUCUUAUCAACCAUAGAUUUGUUCUCCAUUCAUAUACUUUUGUAUUUCCUAGAAAAAUAUAUAAAGCAUACAGUAUGUCUUUCAGUCUGGCUUUUCAUUUAGCAGAAAGCAAUUCAGAGUUACCUAUGUUGUUGUGUGUAUCAGUAAUUUAUUCCAUUUUACCAGUGAGUAGUGUUCCAUGGUAUUGAUGUACCAGUUUUAUUUAUCUGUUCACAAGUUCAAGUACAUUAGAGGCUUUUUUCAGUUUGGGGUGAUUAUGAGAAAAGCUGCUAUAAAGAUUUGGAUACACGUUUUUGUAUCAACAUCAGUUUUCAUUUUUUACUGGGCAUAUGCCUAGGAGUGGGACUGCUUGGUCAUAUGGGAGGUAUAUGUUUUACUGUAUAAGAGACCCCCACAGUUUCCUCGAGUGGAUGUACCAUGUUGCAUUACCAACAGCCAUGUGUGGGAGCUCCACAGAUGGGAACUCACAUUGUGACCUUAGAGAGUGGUGUCAAUUUUUCUUUUAUUUCAGCUAUUCUAAUAGGUGUGUAGCAGUAUCUCAUUGUGGUUUUUGCGUUCCCCUCAUGACUAAAGAUGUUAAGUAUCUUUUCCUGUGCCUUUUAAUAAUAUAUUUAUGUUCUUUGUGAAGUUUGCACAUUUAAAAAAUACUGGGUUGUUUUAUUAUUCUUAAGCUUUGACAGGUUUUAUGUAUGCCAGAUAAAAGCUCUUUGGCAAAUAUGUGAUUUGCAAAUGUUUUCUCCCUGUGUUUAGUUUAUUUUGUUGGUAGUGUCUUUUACAGAGCAAAAGUUCAUUUUGAUGAUACCAAAUUUACCAUUUUUAUUCUUUUUAUGGAACCUCCUAGAAAUUUUAUAGAUUUAGGUUUUAUGUUUUUGUCGAUAAUCCUUUUUUUUUUUUUGGUAUAUGUUGUGUAAUUUUCUCUGCACCAUGUCCUGAAAGAUUGUCAUUUUGCCAUUGAAUUACCUUUGCACCUUUGACAGAAAUCAAUUGACUACAUUUGUGUGUCCGUUUCUGGAUCCUUUUCAGCUCCACUGAUGUGUGUGUCUCUUCACAGGUACCACACUCUGUUGAUUGCAGCUUUAUAGUAAGUCUUUAAAGUAGGUAGUGAGAAUCAUCCAACUUUGUUCUCUCUCAAAAUUUGUUUAUGCUAUUCUAAUUACUUUUCCUUUCUGUUUAAAUGUAGGAUAAUCUUGUUAAUAUCUACAGAUAAUUUUACUUGGAGUUUUGAGUAGGAUUUCAUUGACUCUAUAACAGCAAUUUGGGGAAAGUUGAACAUCUUAACAGUAUUUACUUUUCCAACUCAUGAUGAACAUGACAUAUCUCUUCAUUUAUUUAGAUUUUUUAUUUCUUUCAUUGGUGUUUUGUAGUUUUCAGACAUAGUUUGUGCUUGCAUUUUGUUAGGUUUAUAUCUAUUUUAUUUUUGAUUAUUGUGAAUGGUACUUCUAAAAUUUAUUUAAUUUUUUUUCAUUUUCUUCAUCCAUUUUGUGUUGCUAUCACAGAAUAUCACAGACUGGGUAAUUUAUUAAGAAGAGAAACUUAUGUCUUACAGUUCUGGAGGCUUAGAAGUACAAAAGCAUGGUGCUGGUAUCUGGUGAGGGCCUUCUUGUUGCACCAUACCAUGGCAGAAGGCAUCACAGGGCAAGAGUAGCAUGUGAGAGAGAGCCAAAUUAGCUUUUCUGACAGACCCACUCUUGUGAUAACUAACUCUUUCCUAUGAUAAUCUAUUAAUCUGUGAACACGUUAAUCCGUUAAUAGCAAAACCCUCAUGACUCAAUCACCGCUUAAAAUGCCCUACUCCUUAGUACUGUUACAUUGGGGAUUAAGCUUCCACAUGAGUUUUAGAGACAACAACCAUUAAAUGGCAUCAACCUUUUUAUAUUUAAUUGACAUUUUAAUUGAGAUAAUUGUAGAUUCACUUCAGUUGUAAGAAAUACAGAGAAAUACUGUGUAGGCUUUACCUACUUUCUCCCAGUGGUUACAUCUUGCAAAACUGUAUUAUAAUAUCAAAACCAAGAUAUUGAUAUUGAAAGAGUAAAGAUAGAAAACCUUUCCAUUAUCACAAAGAUACCUCAUGUAGCCUUCUAUGACCACAACUACCUUCUCCUUUUGCCCCAUCCCUAACCUCUGGUAGCCAUUAAUUUGUUCUUUCCAUGAUUUUUGUCAUUUCAAGAAUAUUAUGUAUCCAUAACCAUACAUAUGUGACUUCUGGGGAUUGCUAUUUUAAAAAAUCAGAAUAAUUCCCUAGAGAGUCACCCAAAGUGUCACAUGUAUAAGUAGUUUGUUCCUUUUCAUUGCUGGUAGUAUUUGUUUGUAUGCAUACACCACAGUUUAGCCAUUUAUCCAUUAAGGGAUAUUUGGAUUGUUUUUAUGUCUUGUUUGGACAAAUGUCUAUUCAAGUCCUUUGCCUGUUUUUAAUUGGAUCAUUUGUCUUUCUAUGACUGAGUUGUAUCAGUUCUUUAUAAAUUUUAGAUAUUAAACCCUUAUCAAAUAUUGGUAUGCAAAUAUUUUUUACCAAUUUGUAGGUUGCCGUUUCAUUUUAUUGUUUGCUACUUUUGCUGUGCAAAAGACUUCAUUUGAUGUAGUCUUAUUUAUUUGCUUUUGCUUUUGUGGCCUGAGCUUUUGGUAUGGUAUCUAAAUAAAUAAAUAAAUAACUGCCAAGACCAUUUUCUGGGACUAUUCCCCUGUAUUCUAGGAGUUUUAUAGUUUCUGGCAUUACAUUUAUGUUGAUUUUACAUUUUGUGUAGAAUUUUGUGUAUGAUGUAAGAAAAGAGUCUAAUUUUAUUCAUUUGCCUGUGAAAAUAUAGUUUUUCCAGCACCAUUUAUUGAAAAGAUUAUUCUUUCCUCCUUGUGUUCUUUUGGUGGCUUGGUCAAAAAUUAGCAAAUUAUAUAUCUUUGAAUUUAUUUCUGAGCUCUUGAUUCUGUUGCACUGGUCCAUGUGUCUGUUUUUAUGCCAGCACCAUACUGUUUUGAUUACCAUAGCUUUGUAGUGUAAUUUAAAAUCAUGAUGUCUGAUGAUUUUUGACUCAAACCAGGCUUGCAUUUGUGGGGUGAAUGCUACUUAGUUAUGUUGCACUGUUCAUUUUAGAUAUUGCUAGAUUUAAUUUGCUAAUAUUUUGCUGAGAUCUUCUUCUGCUUUUCUGUUCACGAGGAAUAUUUGUCAAUUGUGUGUUUUUCUUUUCUUGUUUUUGGCUUUGAUAUUAGGGUAUGUUGACCUCAUUCCUCUUAAGUGUUCUGGAAGAGAUUAAGCAAAAUUAAUGUUACUUCUUUCCAGAAUGUUUGGGAGAAUUUACCAGUGAAAACCACUGGGCUUGGAAUUUUCUUUAUUGAAAAGUUUUAUCCACAAAUUCUAUUUGUUUGAUUUCAAAAUGUAGGACUAUUAAUGUCAUUUUUUAAAACUGAGAUUUGAUAUCUUUCAAAGAAUUGGUCAAUUUUGUCUUUCAGUAUUUCCUUUUCUUUCUCUUACUGUCUGUAGUGAUAACCAUACUUCAUUGCUGACAUGGGUUAUUUGUGCCUUAUCUCCUUUCUUUUCACCAGUCUGGGUAGGGGGUUACACAAAUUUGUAUUGAUUUGAUUCAAAGAUCAGUUUUUAUUUUUAUCCAUCUAUUGUUAUUGUUCUCAAUUUCAUUGAUUUCUCUUUUCCUUUUUUUCUCUUUUGCCUCAAAAAGUGACAUUUAUUUAAAGAAAAAAAAUGACAAGAUGUCCAUCCCUUGGCUCUCUUUUCUACCCUCUCCUGCUGCUCCUCAGCCCCCACCCCAAGACUGAACUCCGGAUGGGGCUAGGUGGCAUGAUAGCCCCUCAGAUGAGGGCAGCAACAUUGAGGGUCAUUUCAUGAGUGGAGGUGUUGUAAAAGGUCUCUAUAUCUUGAAGAGUCCUCUUGUCUUCUUCUGUAACCAUGUCAAUAGCUACAUUCUUACAGCCAAACCAUCCACCUUGACCGGUUCUUUGGAUAUAGUUUUCCCUGUUGGUGGGAAGGUCAUAGUUGAUGACUAAAGAAACCUGCUGCACAUAAAUGCCUCUGGCCUAUGUCAGGAAAGACAACUCUUUAGCAUGUGCACAAGAAUCUAUCCCGAAGGGAUGACACAUGGGUAUCCAUGUAGGGAGCCAAGGAAGGAAGAGGAAAUAAGCAUCCCUGUUCCCCAAAGACCUUAGGCAUGCCAGAUUCUAUUCCAAGUUGCUACUUUCCUGAAAGGGGCACUGGAUGUCCCCUUGGAGAGGGAAUCACCUUGGAUUUAUUUAUUUAUGUAUUUAUUUGAGAAAAGGUCUCACUCUGUCAUCCAGGCUGGAAUGCAGCUCACUGCAGCCUCAACUUCUCAGGUUUAGGUGAUGCUCUCAGCUCAGCCCCUCAAGUAGCAGGGACUACGGGCAUAAACCACCAUGCCCAGAUAAUUUAAAUAUAUAUUUUUUGGUAGAGACGGGGUUCUGCCCUGUUGCCCAGGCUGGUCUUAUACUCCUGGCCUCGAGCAAUCCACCCCACUGAGCCUCCGAAAGUGCUAGGACCACAGGCAUAAACCACUGUGCUAGGCUGAUUUCUGUUUUUAACCUUGAUUAUUUUCUUCCUUCUGUUUGUUUUGGGUUUGUUUUGCUCUUCUUUAACUAAGUUCUUAAUAGGGGAGCUUACAUGAUUAAUUUGAACCCUUUAUUCUUUCCUAUGUGAGCAUUUGAUACUAAAAUUUUUCCCCUAAGCACUGCUUUAAUUAUAACUCAUGUUUCAAUAUAUCUUAUUUUCAUUUUCAUUCAAUUAAAGAUAUUUUUAAAAAUUCCCUUUGAUUGUAUUUUACAGUGGGUUGUACAUUGUUU